AUGAAGGUGUGCGUCUUCGGAGAUCAACACCAUCUUGACGAGGCUGCCGCUGAAAACAUCCCAGCCAUGAGCGCUGAUGACUUGAAGAAGCUCAACAAGCAGAAGAAGCUUAUCAAGAAGCUCGCCAAGAGCUACGAUGCCUUCAUCGCUUCCGAGUCUUUGAUCAAGCAGAUCCCACGUAUCCUCGGUCCAGGACUUAACAAGGCCGGAAAAUUCCCUUCCGUCGUCACCCACGGAGAAUCCCUCCAAAGCAAGUCUGACGAGAUCCGCGCCACCGUCAAGUUCCAGAUGAAGAAGGUUCUCUGCCUCUCCGUCGCUGUCGGACAUGUUGACCUCACCCAGGAGGAGCUUGUUUCCAACAUCUCCCUCUCCAUCAACUUCUUGGUUUCCCUCUUGAAGAAGAACUGGCAAAACGUCAGAUCAUUGAACAUCAAGUCCACCAUGGGCAAGCCACAAAGAGUUUAUUAA